CACGGAGCCCACAGCCCGGCGCUCCCGGCCCCGCCGCCGCCGCACCGCGCCCCGCAGGAGAAGCCGAACCGGGUCCGGCGGCCGAAGCGGCCCGCGAGGCGCGGGAGGCAUGAAGUUGGGCGCGCACUGGCCUCGGAGCGGGGGGGAGCCGGGAGCCGCCCGCAUCUAGAGCCCGCGAGGUGCGUGCGCCAUGGAGCUCGGGGGCCCCGGGGCGCCGCGGCUGCUGCCGCCGCUGCUGCUGCUUCUGGGCACCGGCCUCCUGCGCGCCAGCAGCCAUGUGGAGACCCGGGCCCACGCCGAGGAGCGGCUCCUGAAGAAACUCUUCUCCGGUUACAACAAGUGGUCCCGACCCGUGGCCAACAUCUCAGACGUGGUCCUCGUCCGCUUCGGCCUGUCCAUUGCUCAGCUCAUUGACGUGGAUGAGAAGAACCAGAUGAUGACCACGAACGUAUGGGUGAAGCAGGAGUGGCACGACUACAAGCUGCGCUGGGACCCAGCUGACUACGAGAAUGUCACCUCCAUCCGCAUCCCCUCUGAGCUCAUCUGGCGGCCGGACAUCGUCCUCUACAACAAUGCCGACGGGGACUUCGCGGUCACCCACCUGACCAAGGCCCACCUGUUCCAUGACGGGCGGGUGCAGUGGACUCCCCCGGCCAUUUACAAGAGCUCCUGCAGCAUCGACGUCACCUUCUUCCCCUUUGACCAGCAGAACUGCACCAUGAAAUUCGGCUCCUGGACCUACGACAAGGCCAAGAUCGACCUGGUGAACAUGCACAGCCGCGUGGACCAGCUGGACUUCUGGGAGAGUGGUGAGUGGGUCAUCGUGGACGCCGUGGGCACCUACAACACCAGGAAGUAUGAGUGCUGUGCCGAGAUCUACCCAGACAUCACCUACGCCUUCGUCAUCCGGCGGCUGCCGCUCUUCUACACCAUCAACCUCAUCAUCCCCUGCCUGCUCAUCUCCUGCCUCACCGUGCUGGUCUUCUACCUGCCCUCUGAGUGCGGCGAGAAGAUCACACUGUGCAUCUCCGUGCUGCUGUCACUCACCGUCUUCCUGCUGCUCAUCACCGAGAUCAUCCCGUCCACCUCACUGGUCAUCCCGCUCAUUGGCGAGUACCUGCUGUUCACCAUGAUUUUCGUCACCCUGUCCAUCGUCAUCACGGUCUUCGUGCUCAAUGUGCACCACCGCUCGCCGCGCACGCACACCAUGCCCACCUGGGUACGCAGGGUCUUCCUGGACAUCGUGCCGCGCCUGCUCCUCAUGAAGCGGCCGUCCGUGGUCAAGGACAAUUGCCGGCGGCUCAUCGAGUCCAUGCACAAGAUGGCCAGUGCCCCGCGCUUCUGGCCCGAGCCAGAGGGGGAGCCCCCCGCCACGAGCGGCACCCAGAGCCGGCAUCCGCCCUCACCGUCCUUCUGCGUCCCCCUGGAUGUGCCAGCUGAGCCUGGGCCUGCCUGCAAGUCAUCCUCCGACCAGCUCCCUGCUCUGCAGCCCCCAGAAGCUGAGAAAGCCAGCCCCCACCCCUCGCCUGGACCCUGCCACCCACCCCACAGCACCCAGGCACCAGGGCUGGCCAAAGCCAGGUCCCUCAGCGUCCAGCACAUGUCCAGCCCUGGCGAAGCAGUAGAAGGCGGCGUCCGGUGCCGGUCUCGGAGCAUCCAGUACUGUGUUCCCCGAGACGAUGCUGCCCCCGAGGCAGAUGGCCAGGCUGCCGGCGCCCUGGCCUCUCGCAAGACCUACUCGGCUGAGCUCCCACCCCCAGACCAGCCCUCUCCGUGCAAAUGCACAUGCAAGAAGGAGCCCUCUUCGGUGUCCCCGAGCGCCACGGUCAAGGUCCGCAGCACCAAAGCGCCGCCCCGGCACCUGCCCCUGUCGCCGGCCCUGACCCGGGCGGUGGAGGGUGUCCAGUACAUUGCAGACCACCUGAAGGCCGAAGACACAGACUUCUCGCCCCUGCUGCCCCUCGGCCAGAGCUCCCAGGAUGCGGAGAGACCCUGGACGGCCAGAGCUCCCAGGAUGCGGAGAGACCCCGGAUGGCCAGAGCUCCCAGGAUGCGGAGAGACCCCGGGAGAGUGAGGUCAUCCCGGGGCCAUGGAAGCUGGCAGGAGACACUGGUCUCAGAAGAGGGAGAGAGACGCAGAUUUCAGAUGUAAGAAGCCUGAUCCACAUUGCAUAAGCGGAUCCAGCUGCCAGAUGUAUGGGCAGCUGCAAGGAGCGGCCCGGGAUGCUGGGCCCAGCUGCGGCUGUUCUUUUCUGGGUCAGGAGCAACUGUGGAGUGGCUGGGACGCUCCUGCCAGGGGACCCUCCUGCCGGGGGUGGCUGCUUGCCCGGGGGAAGACCCCUUUCCCUUUCUUCUUUCUUUUUGAGGCUCAAAAAAAAAAUCCAAAUAAAGCACCAUAUUCCCACCACGCCAAAUUAACCUUGACAACAAUGUUGGCGUAUUUGCGUCCAGUGUUGUUUUUAUUAAUUAAGGUAAAACUAACAUAUGGCGAGAUGCGUGCUCUUCAGCGGAGACCCCAGCCCCUAGAAGGUCCCUCCCCACCUGUGGCUCUGACUUAAGCGCGGUGGAUUGACCUCUCCGGCUCAUGACAUUCAAGGAGGCAGAAUCCUGCAGCUGGAGCCUUUGAUGUCUGGCUUCUUCAUCCUAUGACUUAGAGCUUCAUCCGUGCUGUUGUGUGUGUCUGUAGCUCAUUGCUGUCUGUUCCUUCGUUUUUAAUUGUGAGCAGUGUUCUUCUGUCUGAAUAAACUAAGACGCAGUUUGUCCAUCACCUGUUAGCGG